ACAAGUGGCGCGCCCGCAAGCGGCUGCCAUACAAGCUGACGCUGCAGAUCGUCAAGGUGAUCCUGGUGACGCUGGAGGUGUGCGUGUUCGCCACGCGCCGCUUCUCGCACGUCAGCUUCCUGGAGAACGCGCAGUUCUCGCUGGACCACCUGUUUGUGCUCGGGUGGGAUGUGAUGCGCGAGGUGAACGCCUACCCGCCGGGCGGCGGCCCGCUGGCCGUCUACUCGCGCCACCGCUUCUUCGAGACGCUCGACUUCGCUGUCAACGCCUACUAUGACAUCGACAGCAUCGCCGUCAGCGGCGUCGGCUACCCCAACGCCACGGCGCCGCCCAUGCAGCUGUGCCUGCAGGAGUACCGCCAUGCCAGCGUCUUCACGGCCAACAUGUCGUACACCUUCGACGCGCACCUGCAGUCGCGCUGCACGGACCUGAUGCCGGCGCCCCGCGAGCUGGCGCAUCACAACUUCUCGUCGCGCGUCGCGCUGCGCCGGCGCGGCUUCAACGUCUCGUUCAUCGGGCUGACGCGCACCACACUGGCCUUCUCGCUGAACGCGGUGCGCCUCAAGCUGGCCAUGCCGGUGAACCCGCCCGAGUGUUACCGACUGCGCGCCGCGCUGACGAUGGACAACGGUGACCAAGACGGCCGCAUGCUCGUCGCGCUGGACGUGCGGGCGCAGCUGCAGCACUGCGACGGCGAUGUGGAGUACGCCGACGGCGGCGCCGCCGUGCAGGCGCUCUUCACGGCCGUCAACGUGGCCGUCGUCGUCAUUUGCUUCUUCUCGCUUGUUAUGUGCACGCGCGCAAUCUAUCGCGCGCAGCUGCUGCGGUACGAGACGCAGAUUACGCUGAGGAAGCACUUCGACUACGAGCUCAGCUCCGAGGAGCACUUCCGCUUCCUGAAUCUAUGGUACGUGCUCAUCAUCAUCAACGACGUGCUCAUCAUCUUCGCAUCGCUGAUCAUGAUCCAGCUGGAAACGGAGGCGGUGGGCGAGACGGCGAGUGCGGCCACGUGGAACGUCUGUGCCGUCGUGCUCGGCGUCGGAAACCUGUUGGUCUGGAUCGGUGUCCUCCGCUACUUUGGCUUCUUCAGCUCGUAUAACGUGCUCAUCCUGACGGUGAAGAGCUCGAUGCCGAGCGUGCUGCGCUUCUCUGUGUGCGCGACCAUCUGCUAUGCCGGCUUCGCGUUCUGCGGUUGGCUGGUGCUGGGGCCGUACCACCUCAAGUUCCGCACAUUAAGCAAGACGUCCGAGGCACUCUUCUCACUGAUGAACGGCGAUGACAUGUUCGCCACAUUCGCACAGGUCUCGCCCAAGUCCAGCUUGGUCUACUGGUUCUCCAAGCUGUACGUCUACGUCUUCAUCUUCUUCUUCAUCUACGUGGUGAUCAGCCUGAUGAUCUCCAUCAUCAUGGACUCGUACGAGACCAUCAAGAAGUACUACCGCGAGGGCUUCCCGCUGUCGCCGCUGGACGAGUUUGUUCGCGUGCGCCGCUCGGACCCGGCCACCGGCGUUUACCGCGAGGACGAGGGCGAGCCGCUGCUCCGUCGACUGGUGCGCUGCUGCUGCCGCCGCUCGACCGAUGAUGGCGAGGCCCUGAUCAGCCCUGUCGCCUAG